UCCUGUAGGUGCACCUGAACGUUCAGGCCGUGGCUUGGCGACUAUUGAAAUGAAAACUUAUUUGGCCGUUGCAGGUGGUGCAAGAACAUCGGUACAACGAGCGGCGCACUGGGGUGCGCAAUGGGGACGGGGUGGACAACAAGCGUACGGGUGCUUAGGGGGUGGAUACUUGCUUGGUGUCUGGCGGUGUGUCUUAAGACAUCGUCCACACGUGCCGCCGGGCCGAACGCCGAGCCGGACGAGGCCGACAUCGUUGUCGUCCAUACGAUGGGGUUGGCCAACGACACCGUCGCGGGCACCCUUCCGCCCAUAACAAAGGACUCUUCUUGCUCUGACAUGCUCGCGUGGUUGCCUCCUCGAUCAAGCCCGGCGGUGGUGUUCCAAGUCGUAUCCGAACCUUACGCCAGCCUGGAAGCUAAUUUUAUCUCGAACAUGGAGCUUCAUUCGACAUUCUCCCGGGAAAACCUGUACCUAGUGUGCCUCGACGAGGAAUCUGUGGCGAUUUUCGACGGCCUGGGGAUACGUUGUGUUCGGUAUGGCUGCUUGGGAUGCCCAAUGUCACGCCUCGAUGUAUGGGUGCUGAGGGUUGAAGCCACUUUAUGUUUGUUGAACGCUGGCCAAGACGUAUUGAUGUCGGAUGCCGAUGCAAUAUGGCUCCGCGAUCCGACGAAUGACUUCGCUUCAGAUCUGAAUAUGGACAGCAACGUUGUUGCGUCGAGGGCCGUAAUGCCUUUCCCGUUGUAUCACAAGUGGGGAGCGACUGUCUGCAUGGGUUUUGCGUUCUUUCGGGCUGGUGGCAGCGCAAUGCAGGCGUUCAUGACGGUCGUCGGGGAAAUCGUGAAUGAGUUGGGAGACGACCAAAAAGCUGUGAAUGAAGCGUUGGAUAAACUCGGUGUUGUUUGGGAUCCAACGAGUGACAUGGACUUCACGAACAGCACUCGACCAGGGACGGGCGUAAUUGAAAAUAUUACUGCUAAUGGGGAUCCAUUGAAAGUAACUCUGCUGCCGCACAACAAGUACACACGAAGCUGCCGACGGACACCAAUUUCAAACGACACUAUCGUGGCGCACUGUGUCAGUAGUGACAAAGGAGAGGGGAUGGCUACAUGGAUGAAGGAGGCACAUCUGUGGAACCUUCCCGACGAUAACGACAGCGGCAGAGAUUGAUGAGAUGGGCGAGGUUCGUGUCGUAGGCACUGACAUAUGAUGUCAACGGUUGGGUAGUGCGACAAUCGGUCGCGAAAAGAGUUUGCCGGCAUAUGCAUGAAAGCCAUCGAAGAAGUCCUUGUUGCUGUUUGAAGUGAACACUACUAGUCUACAUCGUUCUUGCCGUAGGUUCGUUGGUGUUUUGUUAUUGUUGAAUGUUCGGUGGUAGGUGUUGGAUGGUAGCGUGCGAGGAGAUAGAUGCUCGGUGGUGGAUUGGUGUGUAAUAAAUAGGUGUAAGCAGAACACUGAUCUAUGGGGCAAGGGCCUCAGAGUUAGAUACCCAGUCUUAAUAGGUGAUGACAAAAGUAGUAGGUGAAUGCUAUGCGUAACAUGGGCGUGACGCGCUAGAGGUUGUUCUCUCCUCGCCCAGACUCUACCGAAGGAACUUGAGUCACUCCUCUGCUGUGCAAGACGCUCUCGACCAGAAUGUGAUUGGAGCGUGGUAUGCUGUAUACUUAUAUAUAUGUGGUGUGCGUUUUGCCCGCGUCGGAAGAGAAACUUUCUGGAGGUACAUUUUGUAUGCUCCACCUGUUCGUGAAAAUGGUGUGACUAGCGACAUAUGCCGUGAGGUCACAUGGUAAAGGACGGAAUAUUAAUGUCCAGCGAGUCUGACGGUUCCGAGAUAACCAA